ACAAGAGGUAGGAUUCUAUUUGCCGAAAACCUAUGUUCCUUUGAGCAAAAGGGUUUUCCGGCUUCGUCCGUUGUAUACAAUUCAACGGCAAGAAAUUUUCCGGGACAGAGGAGAUGGGACCCAAACCUCUGAGGGCGUCAACUGUAGUUAAAACACUCAUCAAAUCCACAACAGAGUCAGGAGCCCUAACUUCGCGCCUCUCGUCCCCCGUAGAACCAAACUGGAACCGGUCCACGUCGUCGACCAUGGCCGCAAUUCACCUCCUCAUCCUCUCUCUCCUAACCCUAACCCUAACCCCCAAACCCAUUCUCUCGCUCCCGCUCCACAAAAUCCCUAACUUCGACCCCGACAUUGCCCUCCUCGGCGACGCCGAGAUCGUCGACGCCGGCUCCUCAGUCCACCUCACUCGACCCACCCCUUCCAGCUCUGGCCUCCUCCUGAACGCAAAACCCCUCACGUUCCUCCAACCGACGUCGUUCUCCACCGACUUCUCUUUCUCAAGCGACGGCCUCGCCCUGGUACUCGCCCCCGCUGAUCUCCCCCAGAAGUUUCCCGCGGAAUCAAAUUCCCCCUUCGGAAUUCCACGGGGAAGUAAACUCUUCGCUGUCGAAUUCGACGCGUCCACGCACGACGUCGUCUCUGUUAGGGUUAGCAACGUUUCAUCCCCUCUUAAUUUGGCGCUUACCAAUGGGGUGAAAGGGAAAGUACAGGCGUGGGUUGAUUACGUGGCGAGUGCGAAACGGUUGGAAGUUAGGUUGACUGAAACGGGUGCCUCGAGGCCGUAUAACCCGUUGAUUUCUUUUCCGAUCGAUUUGUCGAAGAUGUGGAAAGGAGAGGAGGUUUUAGUUGGGAUAAGUUCAUCAAGUGGGAAUUCAAAACAGAUUAGUAGUGUGUAUUCGUGGCGGUUUAGGGUUAGGAGUGUUCCAAAUUGGAUGCAUUCGCAACCGGUGGAUCCGAUGCGGUACUCUGAUGAGGGCGGAGAGCAGAAGAAGGAGCACAAGGGAAGUUCUUGUCCGUUGACCGUUGUUUGCGGAUUGAUGCUCGGGAUGGCCUGUGGAGUGUUGGUGGCUUUCAUUGCGUUUUUCUUGUGGACAAUCGUGGUUAAUAGGCACAAUGGGAUUCCUUUGGAGUACUUGAAGCACCCGGUGGGGUUCGGGUAUGAAAAGGUCAGUGUAGUUGUGGAGAAAUGAUAGCUCGGGAAAUGAUAAGAAUUAGAUUGUUGUGUUUUAUCUGUUUUUGUAGAACGUUUCAGGUGUUUGUGCUGUUUGUAGUGUUGUGCUUUUGACAUUAUGCCUGUGUUGUUUAAUGUACCAUGUUGUGUAUCGCAUUGCAUUCUAUCAAUGGAAGCUCACUUGUAUGUUU